ACGCACAUCUUCUGACUUUCGGGAUUUCAGCGACAAUGCAUUUCCAAUAUCACGUUAUUUGCAAGACUGCGUGUGAUAAUCAUUUGUGCACUUUCUCGCCGUUUUCGCUUUGUUUGCGGGAUGCUUUAAAUGUGAUUUAAUUUCUCUUUAAUGCUGAAAUCAGCCCCAGUGUGAUAAACCUCUCAGACAGGCCCUUGCCUCAUUCAUCCCUCUGUCCACAAUAGCAACAGGAAGCAAAUGCAUUGUUGGAUUUCAGAACACAGAUCUUUGAAACCUUUUACAUACCCAGUGCCUGAGACAAGAUUUUUUCAUGUCGGAGUGAAUGUUUAUAAAUUUAAGAUCAAAUAUAGCAACACCGUUAGUAUUAAUAAUGACCUUCAUGAAAGUGAUGUUAAUGAAGAACUGCAGGAUGCUGUUCGAGUAAUACUGGGAAAUCUUGAUAAUUUAUGUCCAUUUACUACUGAACACUUGAUCAUAUUUCCAUAUUUAAACAAAUGGGAAAGAGUGUCAGACUUGAGAUUCAUGUAUAAUGAUGUAUUUCUUGUUCCCUAUCCAUAUGUCUGCACUAUAUAUGUAGAAUUAAAUUCAGGGAAACAAAAUACAUUUGCAGGUAAAGCAGCAUAUAGUAGUGCAUGUACCUCUGUUAACAAUGGAUGUAGACUGAGAGAGCACAUGGAAAGGGAAAGAGCAAUUAAUUGGAGAAGACUAGACAGCACGGUUGGAGUUUCACAUACACGCCUAUAUGCAGACAGAAAGGCGUUGAAAAAUGUAGCCUGUGUUAACAACAGAGGCAAGGCCAAAGUCCAAGAAGACAUGAUUUAUCCAAAGCAGAAGAGGCCAGAAGAAACUAGGAACCAGUAUUGUGAUUCUGCAACUGUUGAUAGCUGUUAUGACAAGAGAGGUUUGUGGGAACAUAUGGAAUAUAUCAGAACUGAAAAUGCAGAGGACAGUCAGCAAGAAGAACAACCAAUCUUACAAAAGGGAGCAGAGGAAAACAUAGCAUUAAGAAAGGAAGGCUUUUUAGAGUUAUUGAAAAGUCUCGUUCCACCAUUACUGCAGCGCAUUUUUAAUGGAACCCGUCAACUCUCCUGAAGCACUGUCACCGGAAAUGUACAGCAGUAUCUUUAGAAAAACAGAUUGUUUCCAUAAUAUAGUUUAAAUUUCCGCAAUUAGUUCGGAAACUGAAGAUUGAAACUUUCCUGUAUCCCUUUUGUGUAGCUGAUUUGUGUUUGUUUUCAUCAUUUCAUCUUUAAAUACUGCAUGUGACAUCUAUGCUUCACUCAUUUUUAAAGCUUAUUCAUGCACAUAUUGCCAGCAUUUUAAUUGUAAAAAAGUAAUAUCUGAAUCAUAUGUUCGUAGAAGAGGCUGAAGUACUGGAAUUUUUGCUGGAAUAAAGAAUUUUACAUUAACC